AUGCCCGUCCACAUCAUCGCGAAAGGCUUCUCCGAGGGCCUUACUGCUCUUCCUUAUGGGUGGACGGUAGCUAAGCUAGCGCCAUGCCUGGCAGUGCUGUAUCUGCUGAAAUGGUACUUCAAUGGAGCCACUAACACCUCGGAGCGCAAUAUGCACUCCAAGGUGGUUAUGAUGACGGGAGGCACUUCAGGCAUUGGAGCUGAAGUAGCGAAAGGACUCGCAUCUCGAGGCGCCCAAAUCGUCCUCCUCACGCAGCACUCUCUCACAGACCCCUUCCUCGUAGACUACAUAGAGGACCUCCGAACGCAAACAGGCAACGAGUUGAUUACCGCCGAGCAAGUCGAUCUUACAUCUCUACAUAGCAUACGAGAGUUCGCGACGAAAUGGGUCGACAAUCUGCCCCCACGGCGUCUGGACAUGAUCAUACUGUGUGCAAAUACCCUGACACCGCCUGGUGGGAAGGCGGCCAUGACCGAAGAUGGCUUAGAGUCUACAUGGGGCCUGAAUUACAUGGCGAACUUCCAUUUGCUAAGCAUACUGAGUCCGGCGCUGCGAGCACAACCCCCAGACCGCGACGUUCGAAUCAUCCUCGGGACAUGCAGUUCUUACAUGGGCGGCAGACUGCCGGACUUCGAUGCGCCGGCAAAAGUAGAUAAGAAGUCGAAGAAGACUGCGAAGCCCGCCUCCGAGCCCAUCGCCUUCACACCCGCCGGCGUCUACGCAACCUCCAAACUCGCCCUCAUGACCUUCGCCAUCGCUUUCCAGAAGCACCUCUCGUCGUACACCCGUCCCGAUAAGAAACCCAUGAAUGCCCGAGUCAUCAUCGUUGACCCGGGCUGGACACGCACACCGGGUAUGAGGCGCUUUCUCACGUUUGGCAGCUUGUGGGGUCUCGCGCUGUACCUCUUCAUGUGGCCCUUAUGGUGGCUGGUGCUCAAGAGCUCCGAUCAGGGUGCACAAACAUUUAUGUAUGCUGCAAUGGAGGCGCAGUAUGGGCGGGGCGAUGGAGGUUACUUUCUGAAAGAGUGCCGGCAGUUCAAAUUUUUGAGGAACGAGAUUGAGGAUGAGGCGGUGCAGCAAAGGUUGUGGGAAGGAAGCGAGAAGGCUAUUCAGGCGCUAGAGAAGGAGGGAGCGAAGAGGAGGGCUAUGGAGAAGAAGAGCGAGGGGAAGAAGACGGGGAAAGAGGAGAAUGGCGAGGCAAAGCAGAGGAAAGGAAAAUGA